GCGGCCGGCAGGCGGGGCUGCGGCUGCCACGUUGGAGCGGAGCGUGGAGGUGGCCCUGGGCCGCGGAGGAGGGGCGGCGGCGGAUCCUGGGAGAGUCCGACGUUCGCGGGCUAACGCAGGACAGGUCACUGAGGUCCGCCAGGUGUGUCCGCCGUUUGUUUCCUGCCCCUCGCCAGGUUCGGUGUCCGCUGCCGAGGCCCGAGGCCCUUCUUCCGCUGUCGGCGCGCCCCCCUGUCUCCUUUCGGCCCCGCCGGGACAACGCCUGGAGUCGCAGCUGCCGGGUGAUCGCGCCCGUCAUCCUCUACCAACGUUUCCAGGCUGCCCUGCUCGGGAGUGAGUGAGAAUGAAGCUAAAGGAGAUAGACCGCACGGCGAUGCAGGCGUGGAGCCCUGCCCAGAACCACCCCAUUUACCUGGCCACAGGGACAUCUGCUCAGCAGUUGGACGCGACAUUCAGUACCAAUGCUUCCCUUGAGAUAUUCGAGCUCGACCUUUCCGACCCGUCCUUGGAUAUGAAGUCCUGUGCUACUUUCUCCUCAUCUCACAGGUACCACAAGUUGAUCUGGGGACCUCAUAAAAUGGAUUCCAAAGGAGAUGUUUCUGGAGUUUUGAUUGCAGGUGGAGAAAAUGGAAACAUUAUUCUCUAUGAUCCUUCUAAAAUUAUAGCUGGAGACAAGGAAGUCGUGAUUGCCCAAAAGGACAAGCACACUGGGCCAGUGAGAGCCUUGGAUGUAAACAUCUUCCAGACCAAUUUGGUGGCCUCUGGUGCUAAUGAAUCUGAAAUCUACAUUUGGGAUCUAAACAAUUUUGCAACUCCAAUGACUCCAGGAGCUAAAACACAGCCACCAGAAGACAUCAGCUGCAUAGCCUGGAACAGACAGGUCCAGCAUAUCUUAGCAUCAGCCAGUCCCAGUGGCCGGGCAACGGUCUGGGAUCUCAGGAAAAACGAGCCUAUCAUCAAAGUCAGUGACCAUAGUAACAGGAUGCACUGCUCUGGGCUGGCAUGGCACCCUGAUGUCGCUACCCAGAUGGUCCUCGCUUCUGAGGAUGAUCGAUUACCAGUGGUCCAGAUGUGGGAUCUUCGAUUUGCCUCCUCUCCCCUCCGGGUUCUGGAAAAUCAUGCCAGGGGGAUUUUGGCAAUUGCUUGGAGCAUGGCAGAUCCUGAAUUGUUGCUAAGCUGUGGAAAAGAUGCUAAGAUUCUCUGCUCCAACCCUAACACGGGAGAGGUAUUAUAUGAACUUCCCACCAACACACAGUGGUGCUUUGAUAUCCAGUGGUGUCCUCGGAAUCCUGCCGUCCUGUCUGCCGCUUCCUUCGAUGGGCGCAUCAGUGUCUAUUCCAUCAUGGGAGGGAGCAUAGACGGCUUAAGGCAGAAACAAGUUGACAAGCUUUCGUCGUCUUUUGGGAAUCUUGAUCCGUUUGGCACAGGACAGCCGCUCCCUCCAUUACAAAUCCCACAGCAGACUUCGCAGCACAGCAUCGUGCUACCCCUGAAGAAGCCGCCCAAGUGGAUCCGGAGACCUGUGGGCGCCUCCUUCUCAUUCGGAGGGAAGUUGGUGACUUUCGAGAACGUUACAGGGCAGCCUCAGCAGGGAGCUGAGCAGCCGCGGCGGCAGCCCGUGUUCAUCAGUCAGGUGGUGACAGAAAAGGACUUCCUCAGCCGCUCGGAGCAGCUACAGCACGUCGUGCAGUCUCAGGGCUUUAUCAGUUACUGCCAGAAAAAGAUCGAUGCGUCCCAGACUGACUUCGAGAAGAAUGUGUGGUCCUUCUUGAAGGUAAACUUUGAGGAGGAUUCUCGUGGGAAAUACCUUGAGCUUCUUGGAUAUAGAAGAGAAGAUCUGGGAGAGAAGAUUGCUUUGGCCUUGAACAGAGUGGACGGAUCCGAUGUGGCUCUUAAGGACUCUGACCGCGUAGCGCAGAGUGAUGGGGAGGAGAGCCCUGCCGAGGAAGGGCAGCUCCUGGGAGAGCGCAUUAAAGAGGAAAAACAGGAGUGUGACUUUCUGCCCUCGGCUGGCGGGACCUUUAACAUCUCCGUCAGUGGGGAUAUUGAUGGUUUAAUUACCCGGGCUUUGCUGACCGGCAAUUUUGAGAGCGCAGUUGACCUUUGUUUACACGAUAACCGAAUGGCUGAUGCCAUCAUAUUAGCCAUCGCAGGUGGGCAGGAGCUCUUGGCUCAAACGCAGAAGAAAUACUUUGCAAAAUCCCAAAGCAAGAUUACCAGGCUUAUCACUGCGGUGGUGAUGAAAAACUGGAAGGAGAUUGUUGAAUCCUGUGAUCUUAAAAAUUGGAGAGAGGCUUUAGCUGCGGUCCUCACUUAUGCUAAGCCAGACGAGUUCUCCGCCCUGUGUGAUCUCUUGGGAGCCAGGCUUGAAAGUGAAGGAGACAGCCUCCUGCGGACUCAGGCCUGCCUCUGCUAUAUCUGUGCCGGGAAUGUAGAGAGAUUAGUUGCUUGUUGGACCAAAGCUCAAGAUGGUAGCAACCCCUUGUCUCUCCAGGAUCUGAUUGAGAAAGUUGUCAUCCUCCGAAAAGCUGUACAGCUCACGCAAGCCCUGGACACGAACACUGUCGGGGCUCUUCUGGCCGAGAAGAUGAGUCAGUAUGCCAACUUGUUGGCAGCCCAGGGCAGCAUUGCCGCGGCCUUGGCGUUUCUGCCUGACAACACCAACCAGCCAGAUAUCGUGCAGCUGCGUGACAGACUCUGCAGAGCACAAGGCAAGUCUGUGCCGGGGCAGGAAUCCUCUAGGAGCUCCUAUGAGAGGCAGCCGCUGCCCAAGGGCGGGCCCGGACCGCUUGCUGGCCACCCGCAGGUGUCCAGAGUUCAAAGUCAGCAAUAUUAUCCCCAGGGAGGGAAUCCUCCACCUCCAGGUUUCAUAAUGCAUGGCAACGUUGUUCCAAAUAGCACUGCCCCGCUGCCGACGUCUCCAGGCCACAUGCACAGCCAGCCACCACCUUAUCCACAGCCGCAGCCUUACCAGCCAGCCCAGCAGUAUUCCUUCGGAACAGGGGGGUCAGCAGUUUAUCGACCUCAACAGCCUGUUGCUCCUCCUGCUUCUAACGCUUACCCUAACGCCCCAUACGUAUCUCCUGUCGCUUCCUAUUCCGGGCAGCCUCAGAUGUACACAGCACAGCCAGCCUCCUCCCCUACCUCCAGCUCUGCUUCUCUUCCCCCUCCCCCUUCCUCUGGAGCGUCCUUCCAGCAUGGCGGACCAGGAGCUCCACCGUCAUCUUCAGCUUAUGCACUGCCUCCUGGAACAACAGGUACACCGCCUGCUGCCAGUGAGCUGCCUGCGUCCCAGAGAACAGAAAAUCAGUCUUUCCAAGACCAGGCAUCUGUAUUGGAAGGUCCUCAGAAUGGUUGGAAUGAUCCUCCCGCUUUGAACAGAGUACCGAAGAAGAAGAAGCUGCCUGAGAACUUCAUGCCUCCUGUCCCCAUUACGUCACCAAUCAUGAACCCCGUGGGAGAUCCCCAGCCACAGGGGCUGCAGCAACAGCCUUCAGCUCCAGGGCCACGGUCAAGCCACGCCUCCUUCCCGCAGCCGCACCUCGCUGGCGGCCAGCCCUUCCACGGGAUCCAGCAGCCUCUUGCUCAAACAGGCAUGCCACCGUCUUUCUCGAAGCCCAACACUGAAGGGGCCCCCGGCGCUCCCAUUGGGAACACCAUCCAGCAUGUGCAGGCUCUGCCAACAGAAAAAAUUACCAAGAAGCCUAUUCCAGACGAGCACCUCAUUCUAAAGACUACGUUUGAGGACCUUAUCCAGCGCUGCCUCUCCUCAGCUACAGACCCCCAAACCAAGAGGAAGCUGGAUGACGCCAGCAAACGCCUGGAGUGUCUGUACGACAAACUUAGGGACCAGACACUUUCUCCAACAAUCAUCAGCGGUCUCCACAGCAUCGCGAGGAGCAUUGAGACGAGGAACUACUCUGAAGGGUUGACCGUCCACACUCACAUCGUCAGCACCAGCAACUUCAGUGAGACCUCAGCCUUCAUGCCAGUCCUCAAGGUUGUGCUCAGCCAGGCCAGUAAGCUGGGCGUCUGAGACAGCUGCCAUGACCUCCGACUCGCCACUUCUCCAAAGAAAGCCAUGCUAAGACUGGGACCAGCCCCUCAUUAGCAUGUUUCCAUGGCCACCCGCCACCCAGGAGCUUUGACAUUUCUGCAGGCAAACUCCCCUAGAACUGCUUGAACCCCCCUCCCGCCCCGCCCGUGCUUUCCUUUGUUUUAAUCCCUCACCCAUUAUGAUUUUCCCAUUCUGCAAAUAGUGUCUUUCCUGGAUUACACAUAGUGUGGUUUCCUGAGGGAUUCUGACAAAAUGUGGUUUUUAAAACUUUGGUGUACUUUUUAGGAAAAUUGCAUCUGGCUAUGUAUAAAACAGACCUAAAAUAGAUUUCUUUGAUGUCUUCCCUACCUUCUUCACGUUGAUCAGAUUAAAGUUGUAAUCCCAUCUUAUACCUCA